AUGUUAAGUGUACCCAUGGCUUCCAAUGUUCAAGACUCGCCUGUACAGCAGACAUUUGUAGAGGAGAUAGAUUACAAUGAAAUUCAGGAAUUAUCGGUGGUGGGUAAAGGUGCCUUCGGUGUAGUGUGGAAGGGUGUUUGGCGAGACAAAUAUGUAGCUAUAAAACACAUAAAUUCUGAGGCUGAGAAGCGAGAGUUCUCGAUAGAAGUGCGUCAGCUGUCGCGCGUGUCACAUCAGAACAUCGUGCGGUUGUAUGGAGCAUGUACAAAGGGCGCCCACGUUUGCCUUGUAAUGGAAUAUGCAGAAGGAGGAUCACUGUACAAUGUGCUGCACAAUCGUCCCAAACCAAAAUACACAGCGGCUCAUGCUAUGAGUUGGGCCCGACAGUGUGCCGAGGGAGUAGCAUACCUUCAUGCUAUGAAGCCAAAGCCAUUAAUACACAGAGAUUUAAAACCACCCAAUUUGUUAUUAGUGGGCGGUGGCAUAAGGCUGAAGAUAUGUGAUUUUGGUACUGCAGCUGACAAAGCCACAUAUAUGACUAACAAUAAGGGCAGUGCUGCAUGGAUGGCACCUGAGGUGUUUGAAGGAUCCACAUACACAGAGAAAUGUGAUGUGUUCUCUUGGGGCAUUAUUUUAUGGGAGGUACUCUCGCGACGGAAACCCUUUGAGGAAGGUGGAUCGGCAUUUAGAAUAAUGUGGGCUGUGCACACAGGUCAAAGACCAAAUCUGAUUGAAGAUUGUCCAGUGCCUAUAGAACAAUUGUUGACACAAUGUUGGCACAAAGUUCCUGCAGAGAGACCCAGCAUGGCCAAGGUAGUGGAAAUAAUGUCGGCUCUAUGCGAAUUCUUCCCAGGAGCAGACACGCCUAUUAACUACGACGAUUGUGAGGAAGACGUCACAGAUUGUUCGGACGAUGAGUACAUGCCUUACGACACGCAAGAUAGUCUCACUGACACCGCCGACCUGACCCAGGAUAUCCCGACACAAAACACCGACUACAGCGCCCCCAACACACUACUACUAAGAAACAAAACAGCCCAGUCACCCCGACCUCGCAGCUUCGUCGAAACUCAAGUGAGUAAGCUACAGAAUUUAAUGGCCGCCGAGGCGCAUCCCAAAACUUCGGCAUUACCUAAAGAUGAACCAGAUGUACAUAACAGAAUAGGACCGGUUCGAAUUCCACAGCCAUUUAAAAAGCCCGAAACGUUUGAAGCGGGAAAAUCACUGGUCACCAUCAACAGGACGUCGAGUUCACCCGUGCCCUUAGAGAGAGUGUAUAUGCCAAGUGAAGGCAGCACGCCCCAGGAUUCCCUACGAGUCGUCAAGAGCCCUGUCAUUUUUAGCGAGAGCUCAUCACCUCGCAGACUGUCUCCCAUAGCAAACUACAACAUUGGCAAUAUGAACCCCAGGCAUAUAGACAUAGAGCAGUACUGGAGUAGAGAGAACGGCAAACUAUCGCCAGCUCUGAGUCCCUCGGUGACGAACAACUCAAAUUCUGUGAGAAAGGAGGACUACAACCAGAACUAUUGUGACAGACUGAGCGCAGCAAACAGCCCCUUGUCGCCAAUGAAGGAAUACAAUGGAAAUCUAUCACAGAAACAGAUUGAUCCGAGAUAUCAAACACCAUUACAAAUAGAAGUUGAUCCAAACACGUGGGAUUUGAUCGAUGUUCCAAUCAAUUAUGAUGAUUAUUUGGAAAUACCAAACGUUUUAAAUAUCUACUACACCUAUAGGACCUCUCCAGAGAUGUAUAUAAGUGUGCGUUACCGUAAGGUAAAUUCGCAAAUUUUCCCAAAUGUGUUAAGUGAGACGUGCCUCGUGGCUCGUGCCCUGCUGAGUCAGAGAGCAGACGUCAAUGCGGUUAUCGGGGAGGUUUGGGACGGACUGGGCGACGACGCACAGUCUCGCGAAGCCGCCGCCGCCGGCGCAUCGGCACCCGCGGUACUCAGCGUCCACGCUGCACUCUUAUGCACCCGCGCGACACACGCGCGCGUCUUCGUCAACUACGUCCUCCGACAGUGCCGUGCCCACACGUACUCCACGUGGACCCAAGUAUCUAUGUUCAUGUGA